CCAAAUUGGUCGUUGCUGGUGACGGACGGUGAAAAAAUGUCGCGCAAGGGGAAGAGAGCCAAAAACCCUAAUAGCGACAGCGACGACGACGAAACCUUCUAUUAUCGAUAUCCCUCCGCCACCUCUUCUGCCCCACCGCCGCCGUCGUCUUCACAGUCGCACUUCUCAUCGCAAUCGCACUCACACUCUUCCACCAAGUCCGGCGGAGGUUCUGGUGGUUUGGUUCCUUCGAAGUCUACUGUCUACGUUUCCAAUUUCGACUAUUCACUCACUAAUUCCGAUCUCCAUACUCUCUUCUCCACCUUCGGUAAGAUCGCUCGUGUUACGGUGUUGAAAGAUCGCCAGACUCGCAAGUCUCGCGGCGCUGCGUUCGUCCAGUUUAUUUCCCAGGACGACGCGGUCAAGACCGUGAAACAGAUGCAUGGGAAGAUUUUGAAUGGCCGUGCUCUGAAGGUUGCUAUAGCGAAUGAUAAUGGUCGUGCCGCUGAGUUUAUAAGGAAGAGGGUUUAUAAGGACAAGAGUAGGUGCUACGAGUGCGGCGCAGUUGAUGGACAUUUGUCUUAUGAGUGUCCUAAAAAUCAAUUGGGGCCAAGGGAGCGACCUGAACCGAAGCGGGUGAGAAAGGGCGGAGUCGGUGCUAGGCACGAGGAGGAUUGGGGAUCGGAUGAUGGGGAAGGUUUUGAGGAUGACAAAUGGGCCUCAGUGGUGGACGGAGAUGCAGACCAAAGACUGCUGACUAGUAGUGAGAACGUUGUAGAGAAGAAAAAAGCGAAGAAAGCGAGUUAUUUCAGUGACGAGAGUGGUGAAGAUGAGUAACUUUCAGCUUGUCUCUUUGGAGAGAGUUUGCGAAGAUUGAUUGCUCAGAAGAUUUCACUUCAUAUUAAGCUUAACGAGAUUAUGUCGGCUAGUAAAAGUAUCUGGUGGAGGAAGUCGACCACAUCACUGGGAUCUUCGUUCGCUGCCCUCAGUAAUCAAUUGUCUAGGACGGUUAAUGGUCGAGAAGACCGAAAACAAAGUUGAGAAAUGGAGGAAUACUACCUCCGAGGAAGAGAGGGGAAAUGAGCUGUGGUGCCUUACUGCCAUCUUCAUUUAAUAUGCCCUUAAAACAGGUUCUGGCUAUGGAUAAAAGCUGUCUUUCUUGAGGAAGGUCGAGGUAAGCAGCAGCAAGGCUGUAAGAGCCAGGCUUCUAUUUUGUUAGAAUGGCUAUUGAAGUUUGGAAUGGAGAGAACAUAGCAUCUUUUGGUAUUUAAUUAUCGCUUGAUUAUACUGCU